GCGCAUUAAGUCAACAUGUGCUCUAGAAAACUUAGGUUAUUUUUGAACCUUGUUAGCUUGGCAUUGAUUGUUAGUGAUCAUAAGUGUUGAAAAUUUGAUGUUCUGUAUGAAUUUAGCUUUGAAUCAUUUCCAGUAAUUGAAGUCGGAACAAAAUGUCUAAACUUUACGUGUUGUUUGAGCAUGCUGCGGGGUACGCAGUCUUCAAAGUGAAGGAAUUCGAAGAAAUUGGUGUUUUGUUGCCUCAACUUGAGGCAUCUGUUUAUGACGUGAGCAAAUUCAAUAGUAUUGUUCAACUCGAAAGUUUUUCCCCUUUCAAAACGGCAGUUGCUGCUUUGGAAAAUGUCAACGCUAUAUCUGAAGGAAUCGUACCAGAAGAUUUGAAACAAUUUUUAGAUAUAACUCUUCCCGCAAAAAGGAAGAAAGUGAAACUAGGAGUUAAUGAUCCUAAGCUUGGUGCUGCUAUCACAGAAGUUCUCGAUAUUGAUUGUGAUCAUGCUGGAGCAGUGCCUGAAGUACUCAGAGGAGUUCGUUUUCACUUCCACCAUUUCAUUAAAGAAUUGACUCUUAAAAGUUCUGGGGUAGCUCAAUUGGGUUUAGGACAUGCUUACUCCAGAGGAAGAAUAAAGUUCAAUGUCCACAGGGUAGAUAACAUGAUUAUUCAGUCAAUUGCUUUAUUGGAUCAAUAUGACAAGAGCAUCAAUACAAUGACAAUGAGACUCAGGGAAUGGUUUUCGUACAAUUUUCCAGAGCUCAUCAAAAUUGUUCCUGAAAAUUUCAUGUUUGCGCGAUUAAUAAAAUUCAUCAAAAAUCGUAAAGAAUUAACAGAUGACUCACUGGAAGAACUUGAAAAGAUUACCAUGGAUUCGGGUAAAGCUCAAGCUAUCUUGGAUGCCUCAAGAUCAAGUAUGGGUAUGGAUAUAAGUCCAGUGGAUCUGAGUCAAAUUGAAAUGUUGGCUGAUAGAGUUAUUUCCUCAACUAAUCUUCGCCAAGAAUUAUCACAAUACUUGAGAUCUAGGAUGAGUGAUGUCGCCCCCAAUUUAGCAGCUUUGAUUGGUGAUCAAGUAGGAGCUAGGCUGAUAUCCCAUGCUGGAUCAUUGACUAAACUGGCCAAAUGUCCGGCUUCAACAGUCCAAAUAUUGGGUGCUGAGAAGGCUUUAUUCAGAGCCUUGAAAACAAGAAGUAAUACUCCCAAGUAUGGACUCCUUUUCCACUCAUCAUUUAUUGGUCGUGCUGGUACCAAAAACAAAGGACGUAUUUCAAGAUAUUUGGCAAAUAAAUGUGCCAUAGCAUCCCGAAUUGAUUGCUUCUCUGAUGAACCCUCCAGUGUAUUCGGCGAAAAGCUGAAGCAACAGGUGGAAGAUAGACUCAAAUUUUACGAGACUGGUGAUAUACCCAAGAAAAAUAUUGAGGUUAUGCAAGAAGCCAUUGAAGAACAAGUGACCCUCAGCAAAUCAAUGAAGGAAGAGGCUGAAAGCACAUUCAACGGUACAGCUGAUACUUCUGAAAUCAAUAAUGGAAUUGCUGAUGAUGGAUCCAAGAAGAAGAAAAAGAAGAAGAGGAAGCAUGUUGAUGAAAGUAUGGAAACUAGUCAGAUUGAAGAUGGUUUGAAUGGUUCAGAAGAAAGUCCUAAAAAAAAGAAGAAGAAGCAUGUUGAUGAAAGUAUGGAUAUUAGUCAGAAUGAUGAUGCUUUGAAUGGAUCUGAAGAACCUCCUAAGAAAAAGAAGAAGAAGAAGGGUGCUGAAAAUUUAGAUGAAAGCAGUGUUAUAGAAGCAGAAACUACAAUAGAUGAAGAACAACCUGUCAAAAAGAAGAAAAAGAAGAGCAAGAAGAAUGAAGCUGAGUUGUAAGAUGAUGAGAAAUUAUAAACUUGUAUUCUUUUGGUUUACUUUGUCGCAAACUGUUAUUAUAUUACCUUAUAAUUUUCUCUAAUUAUAAUAUGUUAGUAAGAUGGGUCCUAGCUUCCAUCUUACAGGUUAUUCUUUUAAGUCAGUCUCAUUGUUCAAUGUAUACUGCAAACCAAAAUUGUCUUAUAAAAUAAUAGGCAUGUAAAUAAAAAUUAUUCUAGGAUCAAAUCAGCUUUUACUAUUGGUUUUUAUCUAAUCAAUUUUUACUAUAUCAUAUAGGACAGCAUGUGUAUAUUCUGGGAGAAUAAACAAUGUUAUUAAUA